AUGACUGAAAAUCGAUGGGUUCCCUUUUCAGUGAGAAAUCAACAUAUCAAAUCAACAGGUGACAUUACACCGAUGGAAACAGUACAACGUAAAGUUAAAGCUUUAUUAAAUAAAUUGACAUUAGAGAAUUCCGAUAGUAUAUUGGAUCAAAUUAUUGGUUUUGCCAAUGAAUCCAGAGAUGAAAGAGAGGGGCGAAUAUUAAAAGAGGUUAUUCGUCUUACAUUCGAGAAAUCAUGUAAUGAACCAAAUUUCAGUCAAAUAUAUGCACAACUUUGUCGUAAAAUGAUGGAUAGGAUAGACGUUGAGAUAAUAGACGAAAACGUUAAAAAAGCGGAUAGUAAAUUUAUUCAGGGUGGUACAUUGGUUAGAAAAUAUUUGUUAAAUAGAUGUCAGGAAUAUUUUGAAAAAGGUUGGAAAGUUAGAGUUCCUUUAUCAUCUAAUGAAAAAGGCGAGCCUGAUCUUAUGUCCGUCGAAUACUAUACAGCGGCAAAAGCAAAAAGGAAUUGGCUCGGUCUGAUACGCUUUUUAGGUGAAUUAUUUAAAUUAAAUAUGCUUACACGGCGUAUUAUGCAUGAAUGUAUAAAAAAAUUGUUGACAGUAUCUGAUAAUCCUGAAACCCCUGAAGAGGAAGAAAUGGAAAGUUUAUGUAUAUUAUUAACUACUGUUGGGCAACAACUUGACCAUGGGAAAGCAAAAAUACAUAUGGAUACAUACUUUAGUCGAAUUGAAGAUAUCUCGAGAAACCCAAAAAUAAGUAGUCGUAUAAGAUCUAUGCUACAGGAAAGUCAUUUACUUAAUUGGAUACUGAGACGUAAUAAUAAUUCUCCACCGAAUGGUGGGCAAGCACUCUCUGAUGGUUGGAGCACAGUUAGUGGUUCAUUAUCACGGAAAGCUGGCGAUCUAUCUAAAUUUGGCGAAUUUCGCUUAGUAAAGUCUCCUGGUGGAGAAAAGAAUAAUGAUGAUUAUGAUGAUGGAAAUAAUAAAAGCUCGUCGGAAGCUUAUAAAUCAAGACAUUAUGUUAAAGUUUUUGAUAUCAAAACGUCAAAUUUUGGGCAUGAUCUUCUUAUGUAUAUACGUAAACUUGAUUUAUCUGGAAUUUUAAUAGCUAAUGCUUGA